UCUAGCUCUCCCACUCCGAGUACACAAGUAGAACUACUAUACUCAACUGGGCGUGCUGGUGUCAGCGAGCUUCUUCCCCAAAAAAACACAAAAUGCAGACCCUCGCCGCAUCUGUCCACAGCAAACCGGCCCACCACCCGAAGCAGGACGUGGGUGCGCCAGCGCGGCGCGCGAUCGCGCGGAAACAGGAGCUGAUCCAGCUACGACGGGAACAGUUGCGCAAAAACGCGGCUUCCAUGUGGUUAGUCGACUACAUUGAGCAGUUCAUGAAGUCGCGUUCGUGGAUCGACCCGAUUCGGGAAUUUAUCGACGAGAAAUACCCGCUUUUUGCAGCGGAGAACGAGGACGAAUUUGGUGGUGCUGGUCAUGGAGUAGGACGAGAAACACAACAAGCUGCGUCGAGCUCUAGUUGUGGUUCCUCGUCGAGCUCGAGUUCCUCUUCCUCUUCUUCUGGCGAACAGAACAAUUACCCGCACGUGCACAAGGAGCUGCACAAGUAAGAACAAAAUAAAUGUCCCCUGCUUGCAUAAAAAAGACCUCGACCUCUGUGCUGGUAAAGUAAGUAGCUUUAUUUCAUCUCUAGGACGUCGAGAUCAGAGGUGCAAGUCGCAUUAGAUGUGAUGACUGUUCUCUUUAAUAGCAUUUUUCUGGAAACGAACCGUGACAAAUUGACAGCGAAUUCCGGAAUCUGAUUGAGGAUUUGAUCAUGGCCCAUCUGCUCGACGUGGACGCAGAUUUUGACGAUUUGCAGCAAGCGGCGAAAUUGCUGGACUCGAAAUUGAUCGAGGGCUUGGUUCUUGUGGAAGACUUCCAUUGCUUCCGCCGCAUGAUGCUGCACGCGGUGAAAAUUCACGCGGAACGGGAGAAGGAAGUGUACGGGCGGUGUAGAGGAAGCAGUAGUUCUACUACUUCGUCAUCCUCCUGCUCUUUUCCAAGCACUUACGCCUUGUUCGAUAGUCAGGAGCGCGCAGAGGCCGGCGGUUGCAGUCACGGUACCUACAUGUACAUCAAAUUGAAGGAUUUUGCACUAGCUCUUUCCUACUGAUUGUUUUUACAGUUGCUACGAUUUCGAAAGCGUUUUUGAUAAUUGUGGAGCAGUCUGCAGUCUCGUAUCUGUUUCUGGCGUUCUUGAUUUGCAUUAUCCAGCCCAGUACUAGAUUCCCAUUCCACAAAAAAGGAAAAAGAAAAUCCUCCACUCGUGCAUACUACAUGCAUCACAGAUGUGCAGCGAAGCAGUUCUAGUUCGACCUUGGCAGACUCCGUUUCCGGCGGCGGAUCUGGGUUCUCGGAUAAUGCAAAGAAGCAAAGCAAAUCCUGGCGGCCGUCGGCAGCAUUGCGGCGCUACGGUGAAAGUGGAGCUGGUGCAGCAGGGGAGAAGAGCGGCGGUGGUAAUGGGAAGCUGUCUGCAAAAGACGUCAGAGAUGCGCUCUUUGGGCGCGCGAAGAAGUGA